AGGUGAUGGAGCAGUGUGUAGCCCGUUUGGAUGUUGCCAUGUUCAAUGCCAUCCUUCGUGAAUCAGCAAGUGAGAUACCAACAGACCCUAUAUCUGACCCGAUUGUUAACCCAAAAGUCCUACCAAUUCCAGCUGGUGAUCUAAGCUUUGGGUCAGGCGCGCAGCUGAAGAACUCUAUUGGAAACUGGUCCAGAUGGCUGACAGAUAAGCUUGGUAUAGAUCAUGAUGAUUCUGAGGACAUAGGAGAUGUUGAAGACGAAAGAAGAGCCGCAGCUGAAACGAAAUCGUUUCAACUUCUCAAUGAGCUAAGUGAUCUCCUGAUGCUCCCAAAGGACAUGCUCCUUGAAAAAUCUAUCAGGAAAGAGGUCAGUGUUUGUGCAUAG